GUAAUUUACCCUUUAUGGUAUGGAUUGAACCAUAUCGAGACUCAGUUCUCUCUCUUGAAACCUGUGUUCAACUACUAUGAAUUCAACCAUAUCCAAACCCAACCCAACGCCAACCCCUGCUUGUUCACCACCACACCCAUCAACGUUCUUCCCAGACCUCAAACAAUGCAAAACCAUGCGAGAUUUGAACCAAUUCCACGCCAAAUUCAUCAAAACCGCCCGCAUUCAUAACCCAAUCGCCGCAGCCGAACUCCUCCGCUUCUGCGCUCUCUCCCCCCCUCCCCACCGCAACCUCCGCUACGCCCGCCUCCUCUUCCACCACAUGGACCAACCCAAUUGCUUUUCUUGGAACACCAUCAUCAGAGCACUCUCCGAGAGCAACGACAAUGCAGACGAAGACCCAAUAGAGGCCUUAAUUGUGUUCCGUCAAUUGGUUCAGUGUGAGUUUGUCGAACCCAAUCGCUUCACUUUUCCGUCUGUGCUCAAAGCUUGCGCUCGAACGGGUCGGAUUCGAGAAGGUAAGCAAGUUCAUGGUUUGAUUAUAAAGUAUGGUUUGGAUUUUGAUGAGUUUGUUGUUAGUAAUCUUGUGAGAAUGUAUGUUAUGUGUUGUGUGAUGAUUGAUGCCUAUUUGUUGUUCAAAUCAAGGCAAUUGUGUAGUAAUGUGGUGUUGUGGAAUGUGAUGAUUGGUGGGUAUGUUAGAAUCGGGGAUUUCGAAGCUGCGAGGCGACUGUUUGAUAAAAUGCCUCAAAGAAGUGUGGUGUCUUGGAAUUCAAUGAUUUCUGGGUAUGCACAAAAUGGGUUCUUUAAGGAGGCAAUAGAGCUCUUUCGUGAUAUGCAAAUGGAAGACGUGUCCCCAAAUUAUGUCACUCUGGUUAGUGUUCUUCCGGCAAUAUCACGACUCGGGGCACUUGAAUUGGGUAAGUGGGUACAUUUGUAUGUGGAGAAAAAUAAGAUUGAAAUUGAUGGUGUGCUUGGUUCUGCUUUGAUUGAUUUGUAUUCUAAGUGUGGGAACAUUGAGAAGGCUCUUCAGGUUUUUGAGAGCCUCCCGCAAAGGAAUGUAAUCGCUUGGAAUGCUAUUAUCAGCGGGCUUGCCAUGCACGGUCAAGCAAAGGAUGCACUUGAUCAUUUCUGGAGGAUGAAGCAAGCGAGAGUGACACCAAGCGAUGUGACAUAUAUUGCUUUGUUGAGUGCAUGUAGCCAUGGAGGGUUAGUGCACGAGGGUAGAUUGAUUUUUGAUCACAUGGUUAGGGUAGUUGGCUUAGAACCUAGGAUCGAACAUUAUGGUUGCAUGGUUGAUCUAUUAGGCCGUGCCGGACUUUUAGGAGAGGCCGAAAAACUCAUUUUGGAAAUGCCUAUUGAACCGGAUGAUGUAAUAUUGAAGGCCUUGCUUAGUGCUUGUAAGAUACAUGGAAACAUUGAAAUAGGCAAACGCAUAGCGAGGCUUCUAAUGGAGAUGGCUCCUCAUGAUAGUGGAGCUUAUGUGGCAUUAUCAAAUAUGUAUGCCUCUUUAGGAAAUUGGGAGGCUGUUACUGGGGUGAGGUUGAUGAUGAAGGAGAUGGACAUAAGGAAAGAUCCAGGAUGUAGCUGGAUUGAGCUUGAUGGAAUUAUUUAUGAGUUUCUUGUGGAAGAUGAUUCCCAUCCAAAAGCAAAAGAGAUCCAUUUGAUGUUGGAAGAGAUGUCAGGACAAUUGCGUUUGCUUGGUUAUAGACCAGACACUUCGCAAGUCUUACUUAACAUGGAAGAUGAAGAGAAGGAAAGCACCUUGAUCUAUCAUAGUGAGAAAAUCGCAAUUGCCUUUGGAUUAAUUAGUACGGCCCCCCAAACACCACUUUGGGUGGUUAAAAACCUACGAAUAUGUGAUGACUGUCACUCCUCAAUAAAGCUUAUUUCUAAGAUUUAUAACCGAAAAAUAACCAUAAGGGACCGAAAACGCUUUCAUCAUUUUGAGAAUGGAUCGUGCUCGUGCAUGGACUACUGGUAAUAUCUUAAUGGUAGGUCUGCAAUUGAAUUUUAUCUUGCUUU